UGGAAGUAGAUGGCAUUUCACUGCACACUUCUUCACUCCUCUCACAUAAAAUAUUGGAAGAGCUAGGAGCAGAGAGUUCUCAUUCAGAGCAGUCCGAUGGGCAGUUCGACCAGUCUGAAUUCGAGACACAUUCAGACUCCUCUGUGUCUGUUCAGUCUACAGACGUCCCCCAGCAACCAACAACACCACCAAGACUGCCAAAGGAACUCGAUCUCCACCCAGAAUUUGUCUCCUUACUGGGUGUCGAUCCCAAUACAGCUAAUAGCCAGGAUACCAGUCUUAAUGAACAUAUGGUGAAAAGAUGGUCCAGUUAUGCAUCACUGAAUUACAAAGCAAGGGAGCAAUUGAAGAAUGCAAACACUGUCCAGAGGAGAUUCUUUCUCCUUAUUUCCUGGUUAAAAAACCAAAUGGCUCCAAUCGGUUUAUUCUAAAUCUACGACAUCUUAAUACCUUCAGUACGGCUCCCCAUUUUAAGUUAGAAGAUUACAGAUCGGUAAAACAUCUUUUGACCUCAAAUGCAUUCAUGGCCACAAUUGAUCUGCAGGACGCCUACCUUAUUGUUCCAGUAGAGAAGAGCUCUCGUAAAUAUCUUCGUUUUAAGUAGGGUCAAACAUUAUUUCAGUUUGCAUGCCUACCCUUUGGACUCUGUACUGCACCGUUUGUAUUCACGAAGCUUUUAAAACCCCUUAGUUCCUUCCUUAUGGAAAGAGGUUAUUGUUCGGUAUUUUACCUGGAUGACCUGUUGUUAAUAGCGGAUUCUAGGACUGAAUGUUCUACAAAUGUCAGAGUAACUGUCACACUUUUGGAACGCUUAGGCUUUGUUAUUCAUCAGGACAAAGGUUGCUUAAUACCCCAGCAACAAUGUAAAUUUUUGGGUUUCUUUUUUGAUAGCACCAAUUUAACUAUUACAUUGUCCUUAAAUAAAAUUGACACCAUGCAAAAAAGAUUAAUGGCUCUCAAGGGCCAGGACCACUGUAGAAUUCGAACCUUUUCUCAAGUGUUGGGUUCUCUAGUAUCUCUCUGCCCUGCUAUCCCUUACGGACCCUUGCAUUUAAAACUCUUAGAACAGUCCAAAUUCGCGGCCUUGAAAAAAUCUCAAGGAAAUUAUGAGGGCACCAUAAGAAUAUCAAAUAUUGUCCAGGGCGAGCUUACUUGGUGGCAAACAACAAUCCCCUCAGCCUUGCACUCACUAGUGCCUCCUUCGAUUUCUAUGGAAAUUUUUACAGAUGCUUCAAAAACUGGGUGGGGGGGGCAGCUUGUGGAGAGCAAAGCACCACCUAGAGUGCAGCCCAAGCUAGUCUUACCCUUUUUUAAGACCAUUCCCAAGUUGUGUGUUGCCUCAACCUUAAAACACUAUGUAAAGAUUACAGCUCCGCUACGAGGCUCCAUUCAGCAGCUAUUCCUGACCCAUAAAAAACCCCAUCGAGCAGCAUCAGGUCAAACCAUCGCCAGGUGGAUACGGACUACACUUAGCAGGAGUGGAGUCGACACGCAAAAAUUUGGUGCUCAUAGCACUCGACACGCAUCCACAUCGUCAGCAAGUAGGGCAGGAGUUAGCUUAGAGGUUAUUAAAAGCGUAGCAGCUUGGGGACCUAAGUUUUCGCCCGAUUCUACAAUCGCCCUUGUAAGGAUCCAAUUCGAAUUUUUAAAAUUUCAAACGAAUUCCGCGCGCACAAGAAACGGUUAGUGAGAAGAAGGAGAGGUUGGCAACCAACCACCCCAAAGAAACAGAGAUGCGCAAAGCGAGGGUGAUAUUGUCUUGAAAACGGUCACUUCCUUUUGAUCGCUUGGAGAGAACGGUCGACUUCUUUUCGAGCGCUUCGAGCAACAGGUUGUAUUUUUAAUUGUGAAUUAUUCUGUGCCUUUUGCUGUUGUGUUUUGUUUUUCCAGUGUUGAUCCAGUUCCAUUGGAAAACCUAGCAGCCACCGUUGAGCCAUUGGG